AUGAUGGCUCUCACUUCGGAGGUAUUUUCGGGGCUUUGCUUGAUAGCACUGGCCGGCAUUGUUUUGCUGUUGCAGCGACAUUAUCUCCCGUUAAGAACUACUCCAGAGUAUCUGAUCGUUGCUACAUUCUUUCCUCUAUUGAUCUCGUGCUCUAUUGUGAUCUUGGUACCCAUAGAUCUUGCUUCUUCGUCAGCAGGGGAUGACGGCUCUCGAGGUAUUGUAUUGCAUGAACGAGUUCUCCUGGUCUCCUGGCGAGUUGCGUACUGGCUAUGCUUCGUUUUGACAUGGGCUGUCCUUCCAAUGCUUCAGUCAUACAGCAGUUCCGGCCAUCGUUCCCCUCGUAAUCGGUUAUUAGAAGCGCUUCGCGAAAAUGCUCGAUAUCAACUGAUGGUUUUGUCUGUUGGACUUGUCGGGCUUGUCUACGUUUUUAUCACCUCCGGUGUGCAUCUCUACUCGCUCAAAAGCCUCGUUAUGGCAUUGUCAUACUUUUAUGCCUUGUCUAUCGCUAUCUUCCUUAUGGGUCAUGGUCUCGUUGCUGUACCACGCGGAAUAAUGCGGAAUGCCAGUAUUUCUGGAAAAUUGAGGAGAAUACAGAUGCAUGCACCCAGAGCUUACGAUAAACUAUUGGAUGCAACAAACAACCUAGAAGAUGUCGAAGUGGAAAUUAGGGAAGUGAUGAAGCGGAAGAAUGGAUCUGCGAGAGAGUUUCAAGAUUGGAUUGGGGAGCUUGGCGAUAUGCUCCAACUUCCGGAGUCGGCGAUCCCCGUACGGUCACGGGCUGGGGCACCCCCGGUGAUCACCGAACAGUAUCUGGCAUCUCUUACACGGCGGUUCAAAAUCGCGACUCAUAAGAAGGCCAGAUUCAACUCUGAAUGGCAGGCGCUAGUGCAGUCUGCGGCGGACGCACAAGCGGUUUUAGAUUCGUCGAGAACCAAACGAUUGAAGUUUACAAACCAUUUUUCUGGCCCAUCGAUUUUUGAAAAGAUGCCCUUUUUGAACGCUUAUACUCGCCAUGUUCUUUACUAUUACGUUUUACCUUACUUCUACCGAGUCAUCGCCGCCUUCCUGGCACUUGCCUCUAGCUGCAUAGUCUGGUCAGAAUUGGUUCACGGAUUUACCACAAAACUCUCGUUGGUUAGUUACACCGUCAUCCACCAUCCAUCUUCAACAGGCGGUCGGAUCGGUUUCGCUGGCCAAGCGAUUGCAGCGGCAUGGAUAGCGUAUAUGUGCGCGUGUGCCUAUUCAUCCUUGACGACAGUUAAAGUCUGGGGAACCCACGCACUUGUCAAAAGGAUGACCUCAGGAAGCUCAGCAUGCUUUUAUGCUUCGUAUGCAGCACGACUAACUGUUCCAUUGGCCUAUAAUUUUACGGGAUUGCUUGAUAAGGAUGUUCUCGGAGAUGAGACUGUUUUCUACAAGUUUCUCGGAAAGCUUAUCAACCUUACCCCUCUUGGGGAAGGCUUCGAUGGAUACUUCCCUGUGCUGAUAUUGCUCCCUGUUGCGGCGACGGGGUUCGGCUUUUACGGGUGGGUCAAGGGCAUGUUCGGAAUUUCUGGGGACGUGAUGGAAGACGAGGAUGAGGACGAGGAUAUUGGUACUGGAGGAUGGAGAGAAGGCAGUGAUUUAAUCGAACGCGAACUCCUCGGUGCUUCUGGUAGCUCAACCGGCAUAAGGAAUCUUCUCCCAGCAGCUCGAGUCCGGUCCCCUGUCGUUGGUGCCGGAGCCUCAAGGACUUCUAGAGAGCAGCCUAGAUUAGGCCGCACGGGCCCUAUUCAUCUAACAGAUAGCGACGAGGCGGAUGCUGCUCCACAAGAAGGUUUCCUAGGAGGCUUCUUCCAUAGGGUCAAAAACACCCUUGACACAGUCGAGACCCCCGGGUGGAUUGAAGGUUUGAAGGAAAAUGUCAAGAAGCCAAAGUGGAUGUCCGGGGAGGGCGGCAGUAGUAGCGGUGCACCAAGGCCCAGAUGGCCGCGAUUCGGAGAUGGUGACGACGAAUCUGGUGGGCUACUAGGGAGGCGAUAGUGGGAUGCUUUCUUUCUUGUUCUCUGAUUGUUAGUUUCGUUGGUUGGGCGUUUUUCUAAUUUGUGGAUAGAAAAUUUGGAGGGUGGGCCAGGGUGCUUCCUUGUUUUUCUCCGUGUUUCGCUUUUCCAUUGUUGUUUCGAAUAGGUUAGAAGUUUGUGAAAUUAAUUAAUAUCUGUUAGAGAGGUAGUAUUGAUUAUGGAUAA